CAUUUCCUGCUGUUGUUCAACAAAACAAUAAAUGUCCUAGAUACAACGGCAAAAGCUAAAGAUUUUAUAUUUACUGGACAGCGGACCUCUAGCAUCCUUGUGAUUUCUCUAUCCAUGGUGCUGAUGUUCCAGGAAUGGUCGAGACGCUCAGUAUUGCCGUGAUUGGUGCCCCGGGAGUCGGGAAAACUUCCAUUAUCCGUCAGUUUAUCUAUAAUGACUUUUCUGAGGUUUACACUCCCACCAGAUCCAGGUAUGUGUACAGGCCGUCGGUGAUUCUGAACGGAAGCAUGUACGACUUGAAGAUUUUGGAUGUCCCGCCAAUUUCCUCUUUCCCAGCCAGCUCGAGCCAGGAGUGGAUGGACCUGCGCUGUCGAGGGGUACGCAACGCUAAUGCCUACAUCUUGGUGUACGACAUCUGCUGUGUGGAGAGCUUUGAGUACGUGAAGAUGAUCCGCCAGCAGAUCGUGGAGCACAGGGAGGGCAGCAGCCAUGAGGUCCCCAUCCUGGUGGUGGGCAGCAAGCGAGACCUGCAGAGGCAGCGCUUCACGCCCCGCCGCGCCGUCUCGGUGCUGGUGAAGAAGACGUGGAAGUGCGGCUACGUGGAGUGCUCGGCCAAGUUCAACUGGCACGUCACCCUCCUGUUCAAGGAGCUGCUGGGCAUCGCUGUGACCAGGGGCCUGCGCCAGAACCACGCCUCCAUCCGCCUGCAGGGGGCGCUGCAGCGCAACCGCUGCUCUGUAAUGUGACCUCACACCACUUCACCACUCCCCCCCAAAGCAGGGUCACGUGCCCCUGUGUGGCCCCCUCUCCACCCUGCCACAGGGUGGCAUCGUCAAUCAUGAACACUGGAAAACACGCCGAGGCCUCCUUCUGAUUGGACUAUCCGAUUGUGAUGUAAUAUAUCUGAGGCUGUGUGUCAGGAUUCCCACCUUGCUCUGCUUCAGACAGAUGCUCUGUUACUUCGCUGCACUCUCUCUGCUCUCCCCAGGGCCUAAUCUCCCUGACUGCCAGGAGGACCAGGAGGGCAUUUCUCUUCUUUUCUUCCUUUUCUCCUUGUCCGUUUGAGCCAGGGAAAAGUGAAGACCCCUUUGUCUGGCAGCUGUUGCGUGCCCUCGUCCUCCUGUUGCAUGCUACCUGGACACGGUGCGCACCUGUCUUCCCCAGGUGUCGUUCCUAGCGGUCCACGCCGGGGCCCCCUUGGGGCCUGGUUACUAAGCAACAGCCACUGAUGGGUUGUGGCUUUAAUGGAGCAGGAUUUAGCAAGUGGGAAGCAGCCUGGUGGGAAGCACAGAAUCAGGACAUAUGAAACACUGCAUGCGUUUUUCAUCAGACACAAUGAUUGAUUUUUCAGUUCAUGAUUGCUGUUAUUAGUGUUAAUGACUUUAACAUAAUUGUUGGCUUAUGUCUUGGCAUUUGCCUCACAGUGCACUGUCGCAUGGGAUUUUCAGAAAGAAUGACAUUUCAUCCUUCGUUCAGCCGGAAAGUUUAUCACCCCACUCAUCAGUGCUCCCUCACUCGAUCUGAGCAUCUUUCUUAGAAUGAUAUCUUUGCAGCAUUAACCCAAGGGGGAGGGUGGUGCAGAGGGAGCUGCAACAAUAAUCACAGGAUUUUUCAAAAGUCUUCCUUUUGCAAUCAAACAGGUCCUUGAAGGAGACUCACACAAACAUAGCUGAGUGUCCUGUGACUCUUAAAAACAACUUAAAAAAAAAAUCAAAAGACAGGAAAGGUCAUAGGGGCACUUUGGGGAAAAAGGAAAAGGGGGUGUGCACUGGCAAUUAGCUUAGCCGCUCUGGUAGGUGCUGUAUCCUGGCAACUGGAUGGCUGGUGUGGGACUGCGUUUGCCCGUCAGUAGAGUAUGGAUAUGUGGAUCAGCACUACUCUGGUGUGGGCACAUCUAGGAGAAGUGGGCGGAAUGGCAGGGGAGCGAGGCAGCCGAGAGUCUAAAUCUCUGCUUCCUUUUUACUCUUCUUGUGUUGAAGGUGUUUUGAUGAAUUAUUUGGCUCUAAUUGAACUUGUCGAGCUCGCAGAGAGCUGCGGAGGCCGCGGGCCGAGGCGUUGCUGAUAGGACCACAGGUGGGGAAAGAACAAAGGAGCAAUCUUUGAGCGGUGACAGUAAUGCGAGGGUCUGGUUGUAGAAUGUUAGCGUGAUUGAUAACACGGGGGGGGGUGGAAGAGGGAGCCUACAGCGGUCUGAUGUAGACGGGUGCAGAUGUUCUGCAAUUAUGGAGCCAGGAACCUGCAGGAGCGUCAGCGCUGUAACAGCUGCUUCUGUUCUCAUCAGACCCCCACCCCCAAGCCUCACACACACACACACACACACACACACACACACACACACACUCGCACUAUGCAGGAUAAAACUCACAGCACAUGCACAAAAUGCAUGCAUUAUGCAUUACACAUGAUUCACAACACAAAAUAUACUCUACAUACAACACACACAGCAUGUAACUCGAAAGCACACAAUCUUGGCUUUAAAAUGGCUCUAUAAUAAUGGGCUUGAAUCAAAGUGACAUCAAAAUGGUAUAUAGACAGCAUAUAGAUAGCACGUGUUAGAAAGAAGCAGUCUGUCUCCCUUUUUCUUUCAAGAUAUUUUCCCAAAAUGUAUGUAGUGAAUAAAAGAGUAUGUGUGGAACAGUGGAAAACAGUGUUUGAUGUUGAUAUGCAUGCUUUUGUCUGCUCUGCUGAGCAUGUGAAGGUGUCGGGGAUUAAAACUGUAGCAGUGGUGUGCUGAUGUGUGGCCUGGGGUCCACUUGUGCACAGGCAGUGGCAACAGCUGCAGGAGCUCAGGCAUGUCAAAACAGCAAAACGGUGUGAGUCUUAGCCACAAGGUGGCGCUAAUGUGUAGACUCCACAAACGCCGGUACACAUUUGUGUAUUGUUUAAUAUGUCAGGUCAAGAGACUGCAGCAAUAGUCAGCCAAACUGCCCUUCCCCCUGGGCUUGAGAGGAAAUCUGUCAAACUCUGAGGGGUAAAUGUACAAAGAAAUCCCCCAGUCUGGUGUUUGGUCUUCUAGUUGAUACUGAAAAUUUAAAAGGCACAAAUCCAUUCAAAACUUCAGCGUGCACUAAAGAAUUGUCUUUUAAAUCAAAUCAAUGUGUAUGGGUCGCUGUUGGAAAUGCUGUUGUUUUUUGUAGCAUAUCAAGAAACUAUAUAACUGUAGCAUUGAAACUGCAUUUGAGAGUUAUCACUCAUUGAGCAUGGAGCUGGGGCCUGCACCCUCAGUGGAAUGAGUGCAAACUGCACAAUGACUGUUUAUAGAGUGUUAAUAGAAUAUCGUCAUCUGCCAUUCAAUUUGGGCAGAGGGGGCGGGGGAGAGGGGGUGUUAUCUGUGUGUGUCAUGUUACAACUUAAAGGGCUACUCUUUUUCUAAUCUGAGAACAUUGUUACAAAUGUUGUUUU